AUGACUAGCCGCGACGAGAAGCCAUUCCAUCAUACGCAUGUACCUAUCGACCAUUCGGCACUUAUCCAGUCACGAGAGACCGGCGACGUCCUUCCCGAUGACACUCCUAUUCAGGGAAAUGUUAAGGCGUUGCCUUUUGCUAAAUCAUGGGUGCACAUGGUCGCUGGCGGUAUUGGAGGAAUGACUGCUGCAGCAAUGACUGCUCCCCUCGAUGUGCUCAAGACCCGAUUACAAUCCGAUUUCUACCAGGCCCAAAUCAGAGCUCAACGUGAAGCCCAAGUUCAAGCCCUUGGCCGACUUAAUCCUGCCCGAGCCGCACUAUAUCAUCUAAACGACACCCUCCAGAUUCUUGGCUCAGUAUACAAGAAUGAAGGCUGGCGCGCACUCUUCAAAGGUCUUGGCCCAACCACGGUUGGAGUUGUACCGGCUCGUUCUAUCAACUUCUACGUUUACGGCAAUGGAAAGCGUUUGGUCUCUGAACAUCUCAACAACGGUGUAGAGGCCCCCUGGGUUCACUUGUCGGCAGGUGUGGCAGCUGGUGUUAUUACAUCAACAGCCACGAACCCAAUCUGGAUGAUCAAGACUCGUCUACAACUGGAUAAAAAUGUGGCAGCUGGCGGUGCUCAGUUACGCAAGUACCGCAACAGCUAUGACUGCAUACGUCAAAUUAUUCGGGAUGAGGGCAUCCGAAGUCUUUACCGCGGCAUGAGCGCUAGUUACCUCGGCGUGGUGGAGUCAACGAUGCAAUGGAUGCUUUACGAGCAGAUGAAGGUAUCUCUGGCCCGAAGAGAGAACGAGCUCAUCCAAAGCGGCCGUGAGAAGACUUGGUGGGACAACACGGUUGACUGGACCGGAAAGGGUUUUUCUGCGGGAAGUGCCAAGCUAGUUGCUGCCGUUAUCGCUUAUCCUCACGAGGUUGCGCGAACACGACUUCGACAGGCGCCUAUGCAAAAUGGCUUGCCCAAGUAUACCGGCCUGGUUCAAUGCUUCAAGCUUGUCUGGCUUGAGGAGGGCGUCAUGGGUCUAUACGGCGGUCUGACCCCUCAUCUGAUGCGAACAGUACCCAGCGCCGCCAUUAUGUUCGCCAUGUACGAAGGCAUCCUUCGACUCUUCCACACACCUGCGUAG